AUGUGGAUUAUCAAGGCCUGCUCAGUCCUCGCCGCUGUCUGCACCGUAGCUGCUGACAGUGCCGGCCCCAAGAUUGACUUCUCCUCCACCACCGGUGCACCUCAGCAUCUCGCCGCAGGUAUUCUGUACGGCAUACCCGACAACACGAACCAGAUUCCAGACAGUCUUCUCUCUGGCUUCGGUUUUAACUAUUACCGAGGUGCAGGUGCCCAAGUCUCCCAUGGAUGGAGUUAUAAUGAGGCUAGCUUCCAGCAGCGCUUUACUAGCGCUCAUAACAACUACAUCGUCACGCGUCGUCACAAUGGUGGCUUUGUGUUGUUGCUGAAUGACCUCUGGGGCUUUGAUUGCUCCUCAAAUAACAAUACGUCACCGGGUCCAGGUGAUAAUGGCGAUUGGUCGUCUUAUGACAAAUUCGUCCAGGCUAUUAUUGCAAAUGUCAAGAAAUACAACAUGCAGGAAGGUCUGGUCAUUGAUAUAUGGAACGAGCCAGAGGGGAGCUGCUUCUGGGGCCGGAGCAUUGACCAGUGGCUUCAGAUGUGGGGUCGCGGCUGGCAUCAAUUCAAUGAUGCUUUUGGGAAGAACGUGUUGACGUCCGGACCAACUCUCGCCAACCAACCAGGAACAACCAAUUCCUGGUGGACACAAUGGGCUCAAUUCGUCAAGAACAAUAAUUCCAUCCCCGACCAAUAUGUAUGGCACGAGGAGGGUGGUUCAGGCUCCAACUUCGAGUACAGCUACGGCGUCUUGCAACAGAUACUCACUAAAUACGGUCUUCCCCAACGCCAAAUCAACAUCAACGAGUACGCCACGUUCAACGAGCAAGUCCCCGCCGGAUCCGCAUUCUGGAUCUCUCAGCUCGAACGCCGUAAUGCUAUCGGUCUUCGUGGCAAUUGGCUAGGAGGCACACAGCUUCACGACUUGGCUGCCAGUCUUCUCUCCAAGCCUAAUCCCUCGAACUACGCUUCUACAGGGUACUUUGUCAACGGAGACUGGUGGGUGUAUAAUUACUACUCACACAACAUGACGGGCCAGCGCGUUUCGACUUCUGUGUCUUCUGAUGGUCGGCUUGAUGCUUAUGCGAUGGUGGAUACUACAGCGCGCACCGCUAGAGUAUUGCUUGGCUGCCAUCCGCCUACCACCGGUACUUAUGAUGUGACAUUCUCCGGCUUGGCAAAGUUGGGUCUCCCGUCUUCUGGAACGCUUCAGGUCAGGACCUGGAAAUUCGCUGUGGGCAGUGAUGUGCACUACAGCCGGAUGGGCCCUCCUCAGGAUUUGGGUAACUAUGGUCACACUAUUAGCAACGGUCAGAAAACAAGGGGUAUCGUUGAAAGAUGGUAUCAAAGAGCUGUCGACUUGGCAUCUGUCAAGACACUCCUGCAGAGGGACGAGACGGACUUCGCAACAUACCCUGAGCUCAAAUGGGAUGCUCAUGUCCGACAUGGCUCCUCUCUACAUCAUGAAGAAAAAAAGUUCAUUGGGCUUCGGAAGUUGAGAAUUUCAUCACAAGGAGAAGAUUCGUUACAUCGCUUCCUAGACCUCUCACCUGAUGAGAAGGUUGACCUCAGAGAUGUCCCGCUCAUCGCGCUGGGCGGCUCAGGUGGGGGUUACAAGGUGAUGUACGGAUUUGCCGGGUUCAUUUCAGCUGCCAAGAAGCAUGGACUAUGGGAUUGUAUCACCUGGACUGCCGGCGUUAGUGGAAGUUGUUGGACUCUUGCGGCUUACUAUACCAUCGCUCGACAUGACAUACAACGGUUGAUCGAUCAUUAUCUCACAGUGGCUAGUGAGCUUGCGCACCCUAUGAGUAUCCACGCCCUGAAUAUGGUUGCACGAAGCAAGAGAGGCGUCUACUUUCUGAUAGGCCCUCUGGUCAGUAAAGCGCAGAAGAGCAUCAUUGGGCUGGGGAUCAUGGAUCUUUACUCGACUCUUACGGCAACAUAUCAACUGCUGUCAAGAGAGCCAAAGGGAAGACUGAGCAGAGCGACAUUUCAGUGGUCCAAGAUCUGGCAUCGAUCGGGUAUCGAUAAGGGACUGGAGCCAAUGCCGCUUCUCGCAGCCGUGAGGCGCGUGCCGAAGUAUUCAUAUGAGCCAAAGACAAUCUCCGCCAAGGCCAGGGAUGUCAAGAAACAGCCAACAUCUCGACAGCUUGACACUGUCGAAGGAAAUAAUCAAGCAAAUUCAACAGUAUCUCUGAACAGACGGUCUAAAAAGCUCUUCCAGUAUUUCGAAAUCUCACCUCUCGAAGUCGGUAGUCCAGACCUCAACCGUUACGUCCCAACUUGGGCAUGGGGGCGAACCUUCAUUUCUGGGUAUUCCGUGGAUCGUCGUCCUGAGCAGUCCUUCUCGCUCUUGCUGGGCCAGUGUACCAGUGCUCCAGCGGGUCCUUUGGCAGAGUGCAUCAAAGCUCUCUUGGUCACCAUACCCAAGAACACAAUGGUGGCACGCUUGGUCACCCUCUUCAAUAACUUACUCCAGUCGAAGCACUUUGAGAGCUUUUGGGGAAAUCCCAUUCGUGCGGGCCACGACCCGAAUCCUUUUUAUGGACUUGAAAGACCUGUAGGAAUGCGAGAGCACACCUCGGAGCACUCUAUGUACCUGUCGCGGGUGCCUCAUCAGCAUCACAGAGGGAUACACAGCAGCGACAAAUCCUUUUCCGAUCCUGUAGCCUUGCAGUCGCAUUCAUUCCCGCCGUGGGAAGCACAAGGACGUACAAGGCUCAUGGACUCAGGCAUGGCCAAUAAUCUUCCCAAUCAUAUCCUCGCUCGGCCAGAACGGGGUGUCGACGUUUUCCUAUCUUUCGAUGCAUCUUCAGAUAUCCAUACCGGAGCAGCUGUUCAGCGGCUUCACCACUUCGCCGCCGACUUUGACAUUGAGCUGAGAGAUGUGACGCAGGAGUUCCACAACCCACAGCGGAAUAAAGUCUUAUCUUCAAGUCACGCGUCGGAAGUCGAAUCUCGAUACAUAGAUCACUACGCCAGAGUCUUCUAUGGAAGAAGACAGAGUGGGCAAGAUAUGUACAUUAUUUACUGCCCGCUCCUGCCCAAUGCCUUGAACCCGGAUUACAACCCUACGGUAAACUGCGUCGUUUUCGACAUCGACGAACCUCAUGUGGACGCCUGAU